AGGAAGAUCUUCCCUUUCUGAAGAGAGGUUUUUCCAUUCCAAGUUCACAGGGAUGCAGAGAUGCACCAUGAAUGAAACUGCCAAUGCCUCCGGCUGUAGCUCCACUGCAAUGCCCGUGGAGUGCUACAUGGUCCUUGAUGAUCCUGCUCAGAAGACUGUCAUUGCUGUGCUGUGCUGCAUCUUUGGGAGCCUCUGCAUCUUGGAGAACUCCUUGGUGUUAUACCUCAUAUUUUCUUCCCGAAGGAUCCGAAACAAGCCUUCCUAUCUCUUCAUCAGUAGCCUGGCUGCGGCAGACACACUAGCCAGCAUCAUCUUUGUCUCCAGUUUUGUAAAUUUCCAUGUCUUCAAUGGGACUGAUUCCUCCAAAGAAGUCUUCUUGCUGAAGCUUGGCGGGGUCACCACAUCCUUCACAGCUUCCUUGGGCAGCCUGCUGUUGAUGGCAUUUGAUCGGUAUAUCUGUAUCCUUAAACCAUCAGAGUACAAGGUCCUCAUAACAAGUAGAAGAGCUUUGAUAGCUUUGGUGGUUCUCUGGGUCACCAUUAUGUUCAUCGCCUUCCUGCCCCUUCUGGGAUGGAACUGCUGCACCCUGAACUCCACCUGUUCUGAGUUAUUUCCCUUUGUCGACACCAACUAUCUCACAAGCUGGAUUGCUUCAGUAGUGAUCCUUCUGGUAUCUAUUGUGUACGCUUACAUGCACGUUCUUUGGAAGGCCCGUAAGCAUGUGUUGUACAUGAAGAAGCACCAUACCCAAGCUGGGCAGCAGAACACAAGGAUGAGAAUGGAUAUCACGUUGGCCAAAACAUUAGUGAUUGUCCUGGUGGUUCUUGUCAUGUGCUGGUCACCCGUCUUGGUGCUCAUGGCUUACAGUGUGUUUGCCAAACUGAAUGACACCAUCAGAAAGAUAUUUGCCUUCUGUAGCACUCUCUGCCUGGUGAACUCUAUGGUCAACCCUGCUAUCUAUGCCUUAAGGAGCAGGGAGUUGUGGUCCUCUUUGAGGAAAGUCUGUUCCUGUUUGGGGAGGAUGCCAGGCUUCCCAGAGAGCAACCCAGAAGCAGAGAGCACUCAGAAGUCCUGCCCAAUAGAAACCAUUUAUGAGGAAGUCAUCUGCAACGCAGAGGUAGAACCAAUGAAGGACUGAACUCCAAAACAC